AUGAGUACACGAAGGGACUAUAGAGGAUAUGAAGAAUUGAUUAAAGAGGAGGCACCUUCUGCUCCAAUGAUAAUAUUGGAGCCAAAGUUGAGUAAAAGCAGAACCGUUCUACCUGCUGCUAACUUCUUUAGCUCUUCGUCCAGGAAGGUGACGUCUGAGGAAAAUUUCCAGGCGAAUGCUCAGUUAAAGGAAGCUAAAAAGGCGAGCAAGAUUCAUCCAAUAUUCAGUCUAUUCGAAACGAAGAAGAAAAAGAAGGCAACUGCUAGGCCUGAAUUUUCGAGGUACAUUCAGUAUGUUAGAGAGGGAGGUUUUGGUGAUGUUUUGCAGACCACUUCCUCCAAAUCCAACAAUAUGGCUGCAGUAAAGUGA